UUCCCUGCAUGCAUCUUGCAUAGCCAUCCUUUGGCGAAAGGGACUGCAGAGCCAGUAGUGAACAUUCUGGAAUGUGGUUGGGAUUCAUGGGCUGUCCUUCCUGCUCACUACAGGAAUGAGGGCUUUUGUAAACCAGCGAAGCAGAAAAAAAACCCCAGAAUUUCACAGCAUCCACCCCUUCCAAAAAAGCCUUUCAUCCUCUAAAUGCAUCCCCCCCCCCUUUUGCACAACGACAUCUUUGCACCUGCAGACAGGACUGCAGUUUCACAGGAACGUUCGGAUGGUUGUGUGUGUGAGAGAGAAGAGAGCGCUUGGAUAUAAUCUGAGGGACCAAGAUUAUUAAAUUUAACUGCUCCUGGUUCCCACUCCUGCAUUGACAAACGAGGGAUGUUUUGAUUGUGGUUUCUAGCCUUGUGGAAGUGGAGGGAGGUGCUGAAUGGAGACAAAGCUGAGAUGGAAGCAAACUAUUCUUGUGCCCUCUGGCACCUGUUUCCAAGCAAUGACCUCAAAGGCCAAGAAACGGGUGGUACUUCCCACACGCCCUGAGCCCCCCAACACAGAACAGAUUCUUGAAGAUGUCCAGCGUACCCAGCCCAACGACCCCGUUUUUGUCCUCCUGGUGGAGCCCAUUGAAGAUCUGCCCACCCCAACGAAGAAUGAAGAUCCAGAGGCCAAGAGGGAACGCCUCUACCGGCUGACCCAGUCCUACGUGGAGAUGAACCACCGCCUCCAGAAGGCCUGCAGUCUGCUCAAGGAGAAGUGCGAGGAGCUGAAACUGGCCGGAGCCACCCUGGAGCAGGGCAUUUUAGAGAUGAAGCAGAGGGCUUUGUGAGAUACUUUUUUGGGGGGGCGGGAAGUGACCACAGUCGAGUUUGACCCACGUUCCCCCACCUCCCC